ACAAUAAAUUAUUUGUCAAAAAGAUACAAACAAACAAUGAUGGACUUUCACCAUUUUCCCCUCUGCACCAUGCAUCCAUGCCAAGGUUCAUAAUUAAACUCUGAAGCCCCCACUUACCAUAACUUUGUCCCCCCCCCCCCUCCCCCAACCCCCCUCCAAAACCCAAAAUUUUCCUAAUGAAGAAGAAAGCUUUUAUCACUACUUGUUUUUGUAUUAAUGUGUUUUCACAGGUAAAAUAGUACUAGUGCAUGGAGAGACAUGAAUAAUGAAUGACAUUUUUGUUUUUGUUUCCUUAGCUUUGUUAUCAGCAUCUGAAUCUCCUUCAAGCCACCCACCCACCAUUCUGACACUCACCCACCCCAUACCUUACUCUGCAAAUAUCUGAAUCUUUUCCAUAUAAUGCAUGUAUAAAUAGUUAUAAUGCAUGUGUCAUGAGAUCUGGGGUCUUUUUUCUUUUUUAAAGAAUUCAAGAUUGUUAAAUUGAGCAAAAAGGCUUCAGCUUUACAUGAUUCUUGAUUUUUCUUGAUUUUUUCUCCUCUUUUUGAACCAAGAUCUGGACAUCCUUUUAGUCAUUUUGAGGAAAGAUUUGAUUUUUCUGUCUUCUUGCUGAAGAUUAUGGCACCCCUUUUGGUGGUUUAGCUCAAAGUUUGAAGAUUUUUUCUCCAAUGGGGUUUUGGUUUAGAUCUUGGGUAUGUACCAGACAAGGUACAACUCUAGGGUUGUUGUCUUUUACCAGUAAUGCUUUGAUUUGAGUAUUGUUUUACCCUCUGUGUGUUUUGAGCCUGUUGUUGUGUUGAAAAGAUUGUGAAAAUCAUAAUGUGGAAGCAUUUUCUGAGUAGGCUUCCGAAGAAAUCAGUGAAAUCUGAGUCAGUAGACUCAGGAAGAGGCAAUUCGGGCCUACACGGCCCGAAUGCCAGCUCAAAUUUGGGUCCUGGAAGGCCUAAUAGUGCUCCAAGGAGGACAUCCUCAGUUGUGUUCCCAGCAAGUGUGAUUGCUGGUAUUGAGCCUUUGAUUUCCUUCAAAGAUGUUCCUAGUUCUGAAAAGAUGAAUCUUUUUAUCAGUAAGUUAAGCCUAUGCUGUGUAGACUUUGAUUUUAGGGAUCCAACUAAGAAUGUAGCAGAAAAGGAACUUAAAAGGGUUACAUUGUUUGAGCUUUUGGAUUUUGUAUCUGCUAAUCCACCUAAAUUUUCUGAACCUGCAAUUCUUGCACUGUGUAAAACAUGUGCUGUUAAUUUAUUUCGGGUUUUCCCUCCUAAUUAUCGGUCUAAUAAUAGCCACGCUAGCGAAAAUGAUGAUGAUGAGCCUACUUUUGAUCCUGCCUGGCCUCACUUGCAAAUUGUGUAUGAUCUGUUGCUUAAGUUUGUAACAUCUUCUUCAUUAGAAGCUAAGGUUGCAAAGAAGUAUAUAAACCAUCAGUUCAUCUUGAAAUUACUUGAUUUGUUUGAUUCUGAAGAUCCAAGGGAAAGGGAUUGUUUGAAAGCUAUUUUGCAUAGGAUUUAUGGCAAGUUCAUGGUCCAUAGGCCUUAUAUAAGGAAGAGUAUAAGCAAUGUGUUUUACCGCGUUGUGUUUGAGUCAGAGAAACAUAACGGGAUCGCUGAACUGUUGGAGAUUUUUGGAAGUGUAGUUACAGGAUUUGCUCUGCCGUUGAAGGAGGAGCAUAAGAUCUUUUUGUCAAGGGUCUUGAUUCCUCUGCACAAGCCAAAAUCUUUGGGGAUUUACUUUCAACAGUUAUCAUAUUGUAUUACCCAGUUCAUAGAGAAAGAUCCUAAAUUGGCUAGCCCUGUGAUAAGGGGCUUGUUGAAGUACUGGCCUAUCACUAAUACACAGAAGGAGGUGAUGUUUUUGAGUGAGUUGGAAGAAAUCUUGGACGUUAUUAACAUGGCUGAGUUCCAAAAAGUGAUGGUUCCCUUGUUCUGGCGGAUCGGUUGCUGCAUCAAUAGUUACCAUUUUCAGGUAGCUGAAAGGGCUUUGUUCCUUUGGAAUAAUGACCAAAUUGUCAAUUUGAUUGCACAUAACCGACAUGUGAUUCUCCCGAUUAUAUUCCCAGCUGUGGAAAGCAAUGCUCAAAACCACUGGAAUCAUGCUGUGCAGAACUUGAGUCUAAACGUAAGAAGGAUGUUCUCCGAAAUGGAUGAUGUGCUUUUCCUGGCUUGCCAUUCCCAUUACAAGGAAGAACAAGAGAAAAUAAACUUGGAAGCUGAAAAACGAAGAGAAGCAUGGGAACAACUGGAGACUGCAGCAAGUCUACGUCCACCUGUAGCUGGAAACAUAGCUGUCCUGGUAACGCCUUUAGCAACAUCAAUCACUUGCUAAGAGGUGACUCGACCCUAUCAUUGUCCCCCGUGUUUUUUUGCUUUGUAUGUUCCACGCGAUUUAGGAGUUAAUGGAGAAACCAGAAUGGCACCAUCAUAGGAUGGAAAACAGCUGUUGUCUGGUGCACAAGGUUUUUGAUGAUCACCUCGAUGACAGCCUGCCUUAACUCUUCUGUAACUUAAUGCUACAACUGUGUUGUUUCAUCAAAUUUCUUCCCCGGGGGAGCGCGGGUAGUGGGCUAAACUAACAUAUGUUUCUUCUAUUCUACUUUGUGAACAUUUUGUCAUGGCCUAUAUGCUAUCCAAAUGGCUGAUGUUUUCAUCA